AUGGCUGAAUCCUUGUUGCCGGGGGAUUUCAAAAGCUACUCUUGCUUAACUUGUCGGCAGCGUAAGGUCAAAUGCGAUCGGCGCACGCCCUGCUCCAAUUGUGUUAAGGCAGAGAAGCAAUGUAGCUUUAUUCCCCCCGUGCGAGGGAAGCGAAAAAGAACAAAACCUCCCCGAGAAGGUCUUCAUGCUAAAUUGAAACGAUAUGAAGAGCUGUUGAGAUCGUAUGGUGUAAAGGUUGAACCAUCUGACGAUUACUACAACUCCGAGUCAGAGACGGCUGAUGCUGAACCAAUGGAUGAGUCGACAGUCCACGAAAGUGAGCUGUUCUUCCAACCGGAAGAGAACUAUAAAUUUGAGAAUCUUGCAAGCCUCCACCCUUCUUUGCAGGUAUUGCCAAAAUCAAAGGAAAUCUAUAGGCUGCAACAUCCUCAAGACCUGUCCAAAAGCUUGGAGGUGGUGAUGUUUGCUUUCUAUCUUGCGACUAUCAACACGCUGAAAGAAUACGAGUGCCGAAAUAUAUUUGGGCUCCCACAACCGGUCAUGCAUUCCCGCUAUAGACUUGCAACUCGACAAGCUUUGGUAAAUGCAGGAUUCCUAUCAACUUCUAGUCCAAUGACUCUUCGGGCAUAUGCGAUGUUCAUGAUGUGUGUAAGGAACAGUUACCAAUGUGACACAGUGUUUGUCUUAUUAGGAGUCGCCAUACGACUUGCACGCAAAAUGGGACUCCACCGGGAAGGCACAUCUCUUGGGCUAUCUCCGUUUGAAACAGAAAUGCGGAGGCGACUUUGGUGGCAUCUAGUCCAUGUGGACUUUCGCACAACCGAGGUACUGGGCACACGGCCAUCUCUGGACCUCUCCAGUGGGGAUGCCAAAAUGCCUUUGAACGUCGAUGAUGAGGAUCUCCACUCAGACAUGGUCGAUCUCCUGCCAGCGCUUAACGAUAUCACUUCAAUCGCACUUUGUUUGAUCAAAUGCGAAAUUCUCGAGACUUUGCGCAAAUUCGCGACGGUGUGUCCGGGUGAUGUGCGCUGGGAAAUACUCCUUAGUCCGGAUGUCUCGCUCGCCAAAAAGGACAGCAUGAAUCUUUUUGCUCAUAAUCCACGACAAUUUGCCAAUAGCCCAGUCAAAGUUCCACAAAGCGAGCGCAGCAUAGUGUUUUCAAACGCUUCGAAAUUAUUAGAAUAUCCCACAUUAAUGCAAGGUGGCGGCAACGGAUUGCAAAAAUACGUAUGGCAGACCGGUACAAGUUAUCUCUGGAAUACAGUGCUCUACAUGCUCAUCGAAGCUCGACAUCGUAAAACAGGGCCUGAAGUUGAUCAGGUAUGGCAAUUGAUUCGAGUGGCGUUCUCACACUACCCUCAGAAUUUCGAGAAAACCACUGGAGCCGUGUACUCAGCACUGGGCAAAUGGACACUUGAAGUUUGGGACGACUACGUUGCAGCUUCAAAGGCUGAAGGCCUGCCAGAACCACCACCGCUGGAAUAUAUCAAUGCGAUCCGUCGCUGUCGAAGACCAGCCACCAGUUCACCAUCCAGCACCAAAGAUCGAGCAGCCGAUUCUGGACCCGCCACUCGAUAUUCGUCUAGCUACAACCGAGUCCAACCUAGAUAUGAAGGAAGUCUCUCGGAUUUCGGACCGUUUGAAUCCUAUGAUUUUCCCAGUCUUAUGCCUUUUGAGACGGACCCAAACGAAUGGAUACAGUGGGCGCAGUUGCUUGGAGAGCAGGGCAGCUUGGCUCAAAUUUUACAGUGCGUUUCUCCUCAAAAGCUUUACGGACACUACGUCCUUAAAGUCUGA